AUGACCUCCAAAGCUUUUGUAACGCUCAGCAAUGGGCUCAAGAUGCCCAGCUUGGGCCUGGGAUCGUGGCAGGCGAGUGUUUUAUUUUAUACCAGUUUGUCGGGAAAAUAAUGUGAAUUUGUCGCAACAAAAUGUCUCGUCACAGUUCCGCACAGGGCGUCGCGACACUUGCGGGCAACCACUUUGCGGGCAACCAGUUUGCCGGCAAAUUUUUUGCGGGCAACCGACACUUGCGGGCAGCCGACAUUUGCGGGCAACCGGCACCUGAGGGUUACAGGGUGAAGGUGGAAAUAUUACUGCGAUAUUUUGGAAAUUUGCUGACAUUUGCGGGCAGCCGACACUUGCGGGCAGCCGACAUUUGCGGAAAACAGGAAAAAACAAUCACACAGACGGUAUAGGAACUUUUGGAACUGUAGCCCGCAAAUGUCGGUUUCCCGCAAGUAUUGCCUGCCCGCAAAUGUCGGAAAAUUUCCAAAAUAUCGAAGUAAUUUUUCCACCUCCACCUUGUUAUCCUCAAGUGCCGGUUGCCCGCAAAUGUCGGCUGCCCGCAAAUGUUCCAGGCUGCCCGCAACUGUCGACCCUGCCCGCAAAUGUCCCAGCCUGCCCGCAAAUUCCGGUGCUGGCCGCAAAUGUCGGCUGCCCGCAAAGUGGCUGCCCGCAAAAGAUUUGCCCGCAAACUGGACGCCCGCAAAGUGGUUGCCCGUAAGUGUGCGCCCGCCCCGCACAGACGCUGCGGCUGACUAUCGCAAACCAAUAACGUGCGAUUUCAAGGCCUUAUCCACAUUAUUUCUCCGACAGAAUGAUAUCAGUCGUGCCAUAAAGACCGUAGAAUUUUGUGCAAUUUACGAAAAUACUAUCGGUCUGUCGGGAAAAUAUUGCGGGCCCUGUGGCGUCGAAAAUCACAUUGCCGCCGAAUAAAUGGACUGUGCCGCGGGAAAUCAAAUUGCUUUCGCUUCAGCGAUCGGCACAACGACGUUGUGACCAUUAUUUUCCCGACAGACUGAUACUACUUUCGUCAAUCAAACCCACGAAAUUUUCAUUAUUGUUUGAGGGUCCUCAUAAACAAUACAAAACAAAACUCUUCGAAUUUCAGUCCAACGCCGGCGAGGUUGGUGCUGCAGUGAAAUUGGCUCUGGAUGCCGGCUACAAGCACAUAGACACGGCUGCCAUGUACCAGAACGAAGAGGAGAUUGGGGGUGCACUUCAGGAAUAUUUCCAAGCCGGGAAGCUACAGAGACAAGAUGUUUUCAUCACCUCCAAAGUAAGGCUUAUACAAGGGAAGACUUCCAUCGGAGAACUUCCCCUGUUAAAUGAAUAUAAAUUACCUUCUUCAUAUUUAGUUGUGGUGCUCUCACAACCGUCCAGAACAUGUUGAGGGCGCGCUGAAAGACUCCCUGAAGAAGCUGAAAACCGACUACGUUGACCUCUACCUCAUCCAUCAGCCUGUCACUUUUAACGUAACUUUUUUGUUGCAUUGUGUUCACAAAAACUUUUAAAGCUGUAUAAGAUAGCUAUGGUACAUGUUUUAGCCUGAAAUGACCGAACAAGAUCGAUCUGUGACCGUUGAGGACACCUGGCAGGGGAUCGCCGGCGUCUACAAACAAGGCCUGACGAGGGCGGUUGGAGUCUCCAAUUUCAACGAAGAGCAGAUUGAGCGGAUUCUCAAGUCGAGUGAUGUUGCUGUUCACAGCUCACAAGUCGAACUUCAUCUUUAUUUCCAACAGAAGACGCAUGUUGAGUUCUGUAAGAAGCAUAGCAUCGCGGUCACCGCGUAUGCUCCAAUCGGAUCUCCUGGACGGUUGAAUUUCGUCCUCCCGAAUGGACGGUAAGAAGAUAUUAUCAGUCUGCUGCGAAGAUAAUGUGGAUUCGUCUUUGAAAUCGCGGGUCCAUCGCUUCGCGGCGGCCGGCCGCUGCCGGAAUUUUUGACGCGACGAGACGAGAAGCUUUGCAGCGACAAAUCCACAUUAUUUUCCCGACAGAUUGAUAUCAGAUAUGUUAUCGGUCUGUCCGAAAAAUAAUAAACACAAUGUCGCUGCGCCGUUUCCGUAGCUGAAAGCAAUUUGAUUUUGCCGCGAAACAAUUAUUUUUCUCGGCGGCAAUGCCAUUUUCGAUACGACAGAGUGUUCAUUAUUUUCUCGGCAGACUGAUAUCAUAACACCGUGUAAUUUUGUUGUAACAGGCUUAUGGAAUGGCCAGUGGCUGAGCAGCCGAUGGCAAACCAAGAAGUUCUGAAGUUGGCCAAGAAGUACAACAAGAGCCCCGCUCAGAUCUUGCUUCGCCACCUUCUCCAGAACAAUAUUGCCGUGAUUCCGAAGAGUGUGACGCCGAAAAGGAUCCAAGAAAAUGCCCAAAUCUUUGACUUCGAAUUGACCGUCGACGAGGUUAAGACCCUCAACUCUCAGCCGCAGGGCAGUCGCUUCUUCCUCAUGGACUUCAUGGCCGGUCAUCCGGAGGACCCAUGGAAGUCGGAGCGGCCUCAAUAG